GAGAUUGCAGUUUGGUGUCAUGUGAUAGGAGGAGUGCAGAGUUUACUUUAAACCUGUCAGUUUGCACCGUGCUGUGCAUGGACCGGACAAGGGAUCAGCACCGUUUUGGUUUUGUCAUGCAUGUGAAUGAAGUCUCUGUAUGAACCCAUGCCGGUUCCAAACUUUUUAGAGCGUGUAUGGAGUGCGCGGGUUCAAACACGGUCAGAUAACCUCGUGAUUCGUCUCCGUUGGAGGGGAAAGUUACCUUCGGCUUCGUGUGGGAAGAAAACGGAAACAGAAUAAGUGGCAUUUCUCAGACGGGGAAGUCACUGAGAACUGACAGCGAGAUGCCCCAUGUGUCACGUGUCGCGCCUGUGACGCCACCCACAUCCGCUUCGCAGCGCGUGAAUCUGCCCGGUGUUAUGGACGCAGAGGGGAGAGUGGACGAGUCCAGGCUACGGAUGUACAUAUUUAAAAAUGGUGGUGUGUCCCCAGAGGAGCGAGGCCUGGUGUGGCGCUUCUUGUUUGGAAUGUAUCCAUGUAGCUCUACGACUCUGGAGCGCACCCUGUUGCUGGAAGAGAUGUCAGUACGUUACCAUGUUAUGAAGAUGAAGUGGCAACGUCUUCUUCCUGGAGCUGUUCGUCUGCGCCUUAAUGGCACUGAUGGUUUUCUUUCCUUUCUCUUCAUUUUCUCAGCUGAGCUGGUGGCAGCAGUACAGUAUUUUGAGCAGAGACAGGAGAGAGAAAGAGAAACACAGCAGUACCAGUACAAGUCGAAAGAGGUGAAGGAAAGGAUUUCCUUCCUGGAGCUUCAGGCACAGGUCCUGUUUGAACGGGUGACUUUUGACCUUGAAGAACUUCAAGAGGCCAUACGCAUCAUUGACAAAGAUGUCCCAAGAACUGAUAGAGGCUUGGCUUAUUACACGGAUGAAGGCCUGGGUAAUCUCCUGGUGCUGAGAGAUAUCCUGAUCACUUAUGCUGCUUUCCACCCAGAGGUCAGUUAUGCCCAGGGUAUGAAUGAUCUGUGCAGUCGGUUUCUGGAGGUUCUAGACUCAGAGGUGGACACAUACUGGAGCUUUUGCUGUUACAUGGAAAAAUUUUCACGAGACUUCUGUGCCGACGGCCUGCAUCGCAAAAUUGAAUUAGAGGCAGCUCUGCUAAAGGAGUUGGACCCUCACCUUCAUGCUCAUCUCGUAAUAGACAAUACGGACAGACUGACAUUCUGUCACAGGUGGCUGCUGCUGGGUUUCCAGCGUGAGUUCGAACACAGCGAUGCUCUCCGGCUGUUUGAGAUUCUCAGCUGUGAUCACCUGGAGCUCAUUUCCCAGCAGGUGGAUCGGGCACUCUAUCAGGAGAGACUGGCCUACAAACACAGCCUUGACGAUGAACCGGUAACAGAGCCGCAAUCUAUUAACAGAGAGUUCACAUUUGAACUCUUCCUCUGUGCCACCAUUCUGCUGGAGAACAGAGAUUCACUGCUCAGCUGCAGAAAUGAGGUCCAGCUCCUGCAGUUCACAAACAGCCUGCAGGGUACUCUGGAUUUAAAUAGCAGCUUGAAGAAAGCUGAGGAGCUUUUCUACAACUAUUGUAAGCGUUCAGCCAGGGAUUGCCUGAGUGAGCGCUACCAGAGACACACGAGCAAAGAGGAGCCUUUUCUGUACCUGCUGCGCAACCUGUUCUCCUGAGCUAAAGGAGGACUAUCUGGAUAUUUCUGGACAAGUCUAUUUCAAAUGACUGAUAAUUGAAUGGUUGUUUGUUUUGUUGUGUUUUGUCAUAUUCUGGGCCGUUCUGGGGAAGGACACAAAAUGUUCGCAUGGCUUUAGACUAAAUAAUGCUGCUUAAGUAAGUGAAUAAUUUAUAGAGAUGAUGAUCAUUCAAUCUUCUGUAGCUUAAGGAAUAUUGAACAGGUCUUUUUCUUGUUGAAAAUGUGUAUUAUGUAUUAGUCUGAUAAAGUCUGUGGCCUCUAGUCCCUGUUCUGGUUAGUCUACACAGUAAAAUCCCUAGAAUGAAAUGAAACACAUACAGUUAAUUUAACACUUGAUUUUAAUUGUGAUUAUAGCAGAGCUUUGUGUUCAGUAUGCUCUAACACAUUACACAUUAGGGCACAAAACACAAAACAGAAAGAAAGAAAAAUUGUUGUUACAAAUAUUUCAUUAUUAAGAUUUCAGAUAUGGGCAGUGUUUAUCUAAAUAAUGGCCUUGUUAAAUAAUUAGCUAUUUAAAGUAAUCAGUGAAAUCCAGUUAAGAUAGAGCAUUUUAUCCAGCAUUCAGCAUCUGUUAUUAAAAAAUAUAUAAAUGUCGGUUUUUAGAUAGGGAACUGGAUGAAAUCACACUAACUAACCUGUUUGGAUGAACGUUUUAUGUUUAUUUAUUUACUUAUUUAUUUAUUUAUUACUAAAACAGUACCGUGUUGAAUAUAAAUUUUAAUCAUGAAUUCGAUUGAUUGAAGAAAAGUCAUUUUUAAAAAUCCUUCUUCAGGAUUAUGUCCAAGUAAUGUUGAGGGUUACACAUUUUGUUUCCUUUUCCAUUAAUAUCGUAUACUGCUUAUAUUGGGUAUUUAAGAAAAAAUAGAGGUCUGUGUUACUAUUAAAAAAUCAACUGAGAUGUGACUGGUUAAUAGAACAUCCGUUGCUAAAUAUAAAAUGUAUUCUAUUUGGUUUCUGAUCAUUUUUGAAAAAUGUAUGCUGUACAGAUAUAUAUAAUGGUUUAAACCAGACCCCUGUGACUAUAUUAGAGUUUGGUAUUGAAAAUCUAUAGCUGCUUGACUUUUAAGUCAGAUUAGGUCAGUAUGCAAUAAUAGAAACACACAUUUGUACAGAGUUGAUGUUGUGCUCAGUAGAAACCUAUGUGUAAGUUGACCAGUGCACUGCUCCUUCUAGAAAAGCCUCUGUGACGAAUCACAGUCAAUAGUUAGCAAUGCUCAAGUGUCAGGGGGUCUGAAAUGGACGCCCCACUGGGACUUUCUCUUAUUUUGGAAGGUGUGUCCUGCUGACACAAACUACAGCCCAACUUGACCUCAAGAAAAUUGGAAUACAUUCGUAAAUGUUUAAUUAACAUUCUCAUUUUUUCAAACCGGUUUCCACACAUAGAGUACUGUACACAAAGGGUCUUUGUGUGGAUGUGCUGGCGAUGUGAGGGAAUGGGGAGUGUCAUUUGUGUUUUAUUUUAAGAUUACUGUGACAUUCAAGUAACCUUGUGAGUCAGGUGAGUCACUGAAUCAUUGAGUCUUCAUAGUGUAAACUGCUCUGCUUUUUCUGUACUGAAAUGAAUAAAGUGAAUAUA